UUAACCUUGCCUGUGCGCGUUUGCGUGAAAUGGUUGCAAAAUCACUGCCACAAAUUUAAAAUACCUUCCGCAGCCUGCUCCCUGCCAAACUCGUAAAUGCCAUUUGAGUUACUUCUUGGUGCAUUUAUGUGGCCAGUAAUUGUUGCUAGGUCAGUGGUGUACUCUCCAUCCAAAAAAAUCACUUCUUUUGUGCCAGCUACCGUUGGCUUGUCGGAGUCUUCUAAUUUGUCCAGUUAUGUGGUAUCCAAAAGAUUUGGGUCAGGCUCCAGAAUAUUUGACGUCUACAACACCAACAAUGGAGCCAUACCAAGAGGACCCGUCGACCCGUCCGAGGUGCUUUUCUGGUUUCUUCGUUCAAGGUUACUGAGAAGUGCCUUCAGAAUGUACAGUUCACAAACAGGUUCACCACAAAUAGGCACUAAAAUGGAACCCAUGGCUACUAUUCGUGCUGGUUUUCGGUCCAAUAUCCUUCUCAUCAGCGCCUCCAAAGUUCCGGUCACCGACCUAGGCUGGCACGUCGUCCACCACGAUGUUGAUGGUAUUGAUGCUUACCGGGUGUUCACACUCGCAGACGGCCUGACGUACCAAUGGACCUACAAGCAAAAGUACCUUGAAUUAGUUCACAACCGUGGUAACUUUGAGACCGAAGUGAGACAACGUAUAGGCCUGGUGGAGAUUCACGGCCUCAAUGGCUUUACAUUGAAGGUGGAUGAGUCCAAGAUUCCAUUGACAUUGGCAUUAGCCAGCGCGUGGUGCUCCUUUAUUGAUAUGUGGAGCUCCAAGUAUAGCUUUGGAGGGGUCUACUGGCCCGACCGGUCCCUGAUCUGCUAAAGUGAAUAAGUAUGAUUUAACAGCUACAUAGCAAUAUACGGUAGGUGUGCACGACCCCA